UGUCAGUUAAUGUCAGUUAUCAAAUACAAAUAGGUUACUUUUGGUCAGUUUCUAAGAAUUUGAAAUUUAAAAUUUUUGUUUUUGUAUUAACAUACUUAUAUUUAAAUUUUGACAGUGUAUGUUUUUAUUGUCAUUAUUUUUAAUAAUUUUCCUAUUAAAGCCGUAUUUGCUAUGCAAAACAUUAGUAUGAGUUAUGAACCAAUGGACAUUGAUAUAAGUAACAAUUCUGAAGUUGCUAUGGAUGUUUCAUACGAAAACCACAAUUGUAAUUCUAAUCUUAUCAAGCCGUUUUUGAGAGAAGACAUUUCAUGUACGCCUUUGCAUGAUAAAACAAAUUUCUCCAGCUCUGUUGCAAAGCAGCCAGAAUACCAAAGUAUAAAGAAAUACCAUAUAAUCAUUGAUAAAAAAAAGGGAAUUAAUUCUAAAAGAAGGACUAUAUUGCUAUCAUUUAUAAUUAUAACCUGUGUGUCGAUCAUUGCUUUCCAAAUUAUUAAUAUUCAGUGUUAUAAUUUAGACCUAGAAUCUCUAAAAGGAAAACUUCACAGUGCUAUAUAUGGGCAAGAAGAGGCUAUAAAUGCUAUAAUUGAUAUAUUACAAAGCGACUCUGAACACAAAAUAUUAUUUUUUUAUGGUGGUACAGGUGUAGGAAAAACCUAUACAGUGUCAUUGUUAUUGGCAAAUGCAUGGAAUUAUUCAAAUGUAUACCACUAUACUUUGCCUACAUUUAAAACUGAUUUUUCAUCAGAAAUUAUGAUUGGUUUGUCUCUGUGUAAGUCUGCAAUAUUAGUGGUUGAUGAUGUCAAUAUUAAUAAUGAUGUAUAUGUCAUUAACCAUGUAAAGAAUGUCAUUAAAAAGAGUGAAGAAUUGGGAAGAAAUAUGACUGUGAUAUUAAUCUAUAAUUACUCCAAAGAUGAUGAUACAUUAUUUAGUGAACAAUUAUUACAAAAAUUCCUAAAUGUUAAUGCAUUAAAACAAGUUAUAAGAUUUGAAUCAUUAACAGUUGAACAUUUGAAAAAGUGUAUAGAGAAUGAAUUAGGAGACCAAAAGUUAAGUAAACCUGAAUUUCAAAAUAUUAUGAGAAAUUUCAAUGUUUUAUUACAUGGUUGCAAAGGUGUUAGCAAGAGAAUAAAUUAUCUGAAAUUUGUGUAAGGUAACUUAUUAAUAGUAGGUAGUAUUGGAAUAGAUUAUUUAAAUUAAUAGAUGUAGUAUUUAAUUAUAUAGUAGUAUUCAUUUACUGAGUAGUGUAUUUGUUCCUAUUUUGAAAUGUAAUUAUAAUUGUUGUAAUAUUCAUUUGUACAGGGUGAUUGACAAUAAAAUUAUUUUAAUAGAUCAAAAGAACUUUAUUUUAGAGAAUGUUACAUGAUAAUCGGCAAUGCAGAGGUUCAAGAAAGUAUUUUGAAUACAAAUAUAUUUACUGACAACUCUUUAAUACAUCUACACUUUCACAUUUGGAAAUUAGUCUACAACAAACUUAGCUUUCUUUAUAAUAAAGAGUAAAUUCUAACUUAAAAUUUGUGGUGCAUAAAUUAUGAAAUAUUACUUUGAUCUUAGUUAUUUCUAACUAUAAAACACAAAAUUAUCUCAUCCACAGAUUUAAACAAUGGUGCAAUAUUGAUCACAUCUUUGACUAAGAUAUUUUUACAUUCUUCUCCAAUAUAAGUAAAUUGAUAGUCUAAUAAUCACUUCAAUAUAAUAUUGAAAACAGGCUUACAAAUAAUACCAAUGCAACAUAGAACAUUCAACUUUUUUAAUAAGUAUUUCAACUAAUGCAAUUAAUUCUAGCUGAAUGGUUAAAAUUUUAUUCUAUCAAGAGGUUUCAGCAAGUAUAACAAAUUUAUUUUUUAAAAUAAUAAAACAGAAACAUUUAUUUCUAAUAUAUGAAACUUUUUAUACCACAUUGCACUGCACCCAUAUUAUCUAUUUAUAUAUAAACACCAUGAAACCAUUUGGAACACACGAGGGGCAUUGAGCAUAGUGGCAUCAUGUGAUUCAGUACAAAUUAGUUAUAGUUACCCAUAUGUGUAUUCAAAUGGUCCCUUAGGUAAUUAAAAUGUAAGUACAAUAUUAAAAAUAACAAAUUUAAGAUUUUAGCAUUUACUGUUUAAGAUAGUAAUAAAACAAGCAGCCAAUAGAAUAAAGUUGGAAUAUUAUUUAAAAAAGCUCCCCUAAAUGUUAAAGCCAGUGAGAUAAAUGCAUGCAAACAGGUAAAUGUGCACUAUUAACAAUUUGCGGAGAGCUGAUAUAUUUUUAAAGAUAACAUUCAAAUAUUAUGUUUAUAAUGGUUGAUAUUCUUUUAUAUACUGAUGAUUAUUUGGAACACUGCUGAGGGAAGACAAUACAAAGUAGAUACAUUUAUUUCUUUUUUUUUGUGAAGAUCUCUGGAAGAAAUAUGAAAGGUUUGUGCAUUUAGUUUUGCAUAAUGUUCUCAUGAAUAUUUGAUAUUUAGUUAAAUUAUAUUUCGUCAGAAUUAAUACAAUAGACUCCAACAAGAAUGUAAGUAAUAUUAAAGUUAAUAUGUAUAAAAUUUACUGUACUAAGUAUAUUUAAAAUUUGAUGAUAAUUUUAUAAAAU